AUGCUCGCUGUAUUCACCGCUUCCUUGGCCAUGGUCGCCUCGGCCACCCUCUCGGCAGCAGGUCCCAUCCAUGAGCGUCAAAGCUUCACCCCUUCGGCGUGGGACACGUGGAUCUGGAACAACCAGAGCACCAACGUCUGCGCAGACGGCAGCAUGACCGGUUUCGCCUACAACAUGCACUCCGGUGCCAACGACAUCCUCAUCUACUUUGACGGCGGAGGAGCUUGCUGGGACACCAACUCGUGCUUCACCAAUCCUACCGCCUUCAACCUUCAAGGCUACACCGAGUCGUCUUUCCAGGGUUGGACCAAAACCUCCCUCGAUUCGCAGAUCCUGCUCACAUCGCGCGAUCCUGCUAGGAACAACCCUUGGGCUGGUGCGCACUACGUCUUCGUCCCUUACUGCACGGGCGAUAUCCACGGCGGCAACAAUGUCGUCACAUACGACGGUGCUCCCGCACCGAUCUACCACAAAGGUUACAGCAACUUCCAGACGAUCCUUCAAGUCGUUGCUGGUGCCGUGCCGUAUCCGCAAAACGUCUGGAUCACGGGAACCAGCGCAGGCUGUUUCGGUGCAACGCUCAACUAUGUUGCUGCCCGCAAGGCUUUCCCGUGGUCGCGCAUCCACCUCAUCGGCGACUCCUGCGAAACGACCCCCGGUUUCAUCGGCACCAAGCCUUCGUGGAAGCUCACUCAGCCCGGCGGUCGCGACUGCCCCAAAUGUCAACCGGGCGAAUUCAACAGCUUCCUCCCCGCCCUCUCAUCCGCCAACACAGGAAGCAGAUUCGGCUCCAUCUCCUUCGCCUCCGACGGAACUCUGCCAGGUUUUAUGGGUGCCACGAUGGACAGCUUCACAAGCAUUAUCAGCGGCUACUUUGCAAAUGUGACAAAGACCACGACGAACAUGGCCAAGACGUUCACGGUGACCGGCGAGGGUCACGGCGUGCUGUACCAGACCAGUCCCGUGUCGACAACGGGUGCCACGUUGGCGAGCUGGUUGGCGACCAUGAAGAAUUUGAGGUCGGGAAGCGCGUACAAGUCGGUGUAA